GAGUGCAGCACGAGCAGGAAGCUGGUGCCAGCUCUGGGGUCUCUGGGGUCCCGGCAGAAGCACAGCCUCCCCGACUUGCAGUAUGAUUAUGGCGCCCUGGAGCCCUACAUCAAUGCCCAGAUCAUGCAGCUGCACCACAGCAAGCACCACGCGGCCUAUGUGAACAACCUGAACGUCACCAAGAAGUACAAGGAGGCGCUGGCCAAGGGGGACGUGACAGCUCAGACUGCUUUGCAGCCUGCACUGAAGUUCAAUGGUGGAGGCCAUAUCAAUCAUACCAUUUUCUGGACAAACCUGAGCCCCAAUGGCGGGGGAGAACCCAAAGGGCAAUUGCGGGACGCCAACUUUGGUUCCUUCGACAAAUUUAAACAGAAGUUGACCGCUGUAUCGGCUGGUGUCCAAGGCUUGGGUUGGGGUUGGCUUGGUUUCAAUAAGGACCAGGGACGCCUCCAGAUUGUUGCCUGUCCUAACCAGGAUCCCCUGCAGGGAACAACAGGUCUUAUUCCCCUGCUGGGGAUUGACGUGUGGGAGCACGCUUAUUACCUUCAGUAUAAAAACGUCAGGCCUGAUUAUCUGAAAGCCAUUUGGAAUGUGAUCAACUGGGAGAAUGUAUCUGAGAGAUACAUGGCUUGCAAAAAGUAAAACAU